CGUAACCACCCUGAAUGAUGUGUAGCUAUUACUCAACAUGGAGGUUGAUGAUCGUUUAGUGCUGUAGUCACACCAAGGUUCACCACUCAAGCUCACUCCAAGAACCCUCUACUUGCAUGCUCAAACAUGACAUAAAAGGUAGUGGUGAUUGCUGUUGGAGGAACUUGCCAUGACUGAGACUAUCCCACCUCCGCUGCAACCUCCAACCUCGAAGGAGAGGAAGUAUGACCGUCAACUCCGGUUAUGGGCAGCCACAGGCCAGCGAGCCCUCGAAGAGUCUCACAUCCUACUUGUGAACUCCGGACCUGGGGUCGUGGGAGUGGAGACUUUAAAGAACCUGGUGCUUCCCGGAAUCGGGAACUUCACGAUACUGGACGAUGCCCUCGUAUGCGAAGCCGACCUUGGUGUCAACUUCUUCCUUGACGAAGAUAGCCUUGGGAGUUCUCGAGCCGAGCAAUGCUGUAGGCUGCUGCAAGAGCUCAAUCCAGAUGUCUCCGGUAACUUCAUCGCCGAGCCGACGACGAGGUUCCUCGAUCGCCCUGACAGCCUUCAGCCUUUUACUCUCAUCCUUCUAACCUCUCCCGUCGAUCCUACCGUCUUCUCCCGCAUUGCUGAGCAUGGCUGCUCUACCCAGACCCCCGUGUUCUUCAUCCAUAGCUUGGGCUUUUAUUCGGAGUUCUCAGUGCAGCUCCCUGCCGCGUUCCCGAUAAUAGACACUCAUCCCGACCCGACCGCUUUAAACGACCUUCGAAUCCUCAAGCCGUGGCCCGCACUGGAACAGCUGGCGCAUGAAUUUUGCGGUGAUCUCGAUCAGUUGGACGACCACGACCACGGACACAUCCCAUAUGUCGCUCUACUCCUCCAUUUUGUCGAAAAAUGGAAGGCUGCGCAUGGUGGAAAUCCGCCGGAGAACUAUGCGGAGAAGUCGGAAUAUCGCAAGCUGAUCUAUGCAGCGCAAAGACGUGACAACCCUGAACGAGGCGAAGAGAACUAUAUGGAGGCAUAUGAAACGGCUUUGAAGUCGUUGAAUGCAGCCACCAUUAGGUCUAGCGUGAGAGAUGUCUUCGAAGCUCCCGAGUGCAAAAGUCUCGCUACCGAUUCCGCACCAUUCUGGGUCAUUGCCAAUGCAGUUUCACAAUUCCAUUCGAAACAUGGCGUAUUGCCAUUAUCAGGAUCUUUACCGGACAUGAAGGCACAAUCUGCGGACUAUGUCAAGCUGCAGACCGUUUACAGAGCCAAAUUCCGAGAAGAUGCGGCGGAGAUUCUAGGCACUGUUCGUGCACUGGAGCGUUCACUACGGAAACCGAAUGCCAUCCCUGGGUCCAGCAUUGAUAUUUUCUGUAAGAACGCCGCACAUAUCAAAUUGGUACGAGGCUCAACCAUUCGACCGAUGAAUCCCGACGGUCCAUUCAAGUGGACAGACAGAGCAAAGGCUGCAGCGACAUCCUUGCUUGAUGAGACAUCGUUGUUUCCCAUUCAUGUCGCUUUCGUUGCGUAUGAUCAGUUUGUGUCCCUGUCCGCAGCCGACGCUGGCAAGAAACGGUUCCGUGCGCCCGGGGCGGGCGAUGAAACCGCGCACGACGAGACCGAUAUGAUUGCUCUAGCAGACCAAAUCCUCAGCCACGUGUUCAAGCAGGCAGGACAACUGUCAUACAGCAAGGAGGAUCUUGCAGCUGCCAAGGGUCGGGUAUACGACACUGUGCGAGAAGUUGUUCGUGCUGGCGGUGCAGAGUUGCACAAUAUCGCAGCCUUGACUGGCGGUCUUAUUGCGCAAGAGGUUAUUAAAGUCGUCACGGAACAAUACAUACCUAUUGACAAUACAUGUAUAUUCGAUGGCAUCAGGAGCAAGACCGAGGUACAUAGACUAUAGACCUGCACAGUCACCGGCUACAAUGGUUCCGUUAAACACGCGAAUCUGGAAUCACAAAAGACAGGCCCUACGAAUUAUAGAGAUUUUCGGCUGA